UACACGCUGUCAAGGUAAACAAUAAUAUACAUCGUAGCGAUUGAUAUAUUCAUAUCAAUGAAUAUAGCCUAUUCAUAUCAAUGCCGAUGAAUCAUCGAUCAGUUCCAAUUAAAAGCUGAGGACAAGCAGCAGGAUUCGUCCACGUGACAUAAGAGUGGAACAAAUAAAAUACCUGUCUUCUGAAGGAAUUGCUUCAACAUUUUGACGAUUGGAAUUUUUAUCAAAACGGAUUUGAUGAUUCUCUGUUUUGUAACUUUCUUCCAAGAGUUCAAAUGUUCAUCUCUUGUUGGCUGUUUGAGGAUGAUUCUGGAAUAUAUUGACAUGUAUUGACGCUUGUUACUUGUUGGGGAGCAAACUGUCCAAGGAAUCGUCACAGGUCAUUUUCAAAGUACAUGUAUAUUUAACGAAGAGCUACAACCAGGACAACAAAUCGAUAAAGCAAAGAUGAGGACGACUUUAGGAGAAAAAGAAAGUACCGAGGCGUCUUAGUAGUCAGUUCGCCCAGUCCUGAGCAAAUAUUCGAUGCGAGAGUUGAACCGAGGAUGGUGACAGCUUGCGGAUAUGUGGUUCAGAUAACUGCCACCGCCGAGUCUGCUCUUUUGUGCAUCGAAUAGAACAAAGUUCAUGGCCACGGGGAAUGUUCAUUCGUGAAAUGUCAGAGGAUAUAUAAGGAUAAAAUUUGUAGCACGAAGAGUGCACUUCCUACCUGGAUCUCAGCAAAAGACUAUGUUUUUGUGAACGAAACCCGACGUAUGACAAUAAAAUUACCCUUUGUCUUAUAACCCACAAGGUGAAUAAGAAUACGCGGUCGCCUCUGUCGCUCGCGAGUAAAAUUACCCGAAAGGUCUGCGCGCUGGAAAAAGAGACAGUCUCCCGUACGGUCAUGAGAGAGAAAGGUUGGUAAAAAUUAGCAAAGGUUGGUUUGCUCACCAGCGCGAUUAACUGGUUCCACCAAAAGAGCUUGACACUGGCUAUUGUAUCGUCAGGAUGCAAACUUCAAAGAUGUGGUUCAGCAUGAAAGUAAUGCGGGCGGUAUGAUUGAGUACAUUGCAUUUAGUGACAACUUUUAGGUGGAAAUUGCUCCGUAUCAAUCCGACGGUUACCGGUGUUGAAUACAAGAUGACAAGUAUAAAGGCGUAGCUGCAACUCUUUGUUUGUUGUUCUAGUACCAAGGAGCUAUACGGGGUGAGAGGUGUGCCGACGUAUUCAUUCGGUACGCGAAUUACAAUACGGAGUCUUCAAUAUUUUGUUGGCUUUUUAAUUAGUUUAAGGACACAUUUAUUAGAGAAAUGAACGGAUCUCGAGGAACUGAUUAACUCGAAGACAGAUUCGAAGUUUCAGAGAGCCUGAAGGAAAGUUAAUUGUACGUAUUCCUGUUCUCGUGAAAAAUAGUAUUCCCGACAACAUGGAUGGAAUUAAUAUAGACGAUAAUCUCACACAAUUGAUAGACAAUUUCAACUUGUCCGAGUUCGGUAAUUUCAGCGCCGAGGCAUGGUCACCGGGAUCGGAUAACGAUUCAGACUUGGCGGCAACGAUUGCCAUGCCAUUCGGUCGAAGUAAAUGGAUGGAUAACUUUGACAUGGGUGACGUGAUCAGAAAAAACUUCAUCAGGGUCAGUACCCCACCAGUGAUUACGUUAAUCGUUCUUUACAUUCUUACAUUUCUAUCAGGAUUACUCGGAAAUGUUCUGGUGAUUUUUGUGUUCUGGCGAAAUCGGCGCAUGCGUACUGUGACGAAUAGUUUCUUAGUUAAUUUAGCCGUUUGUGAUCUAAUGGUGGUGUGUAUCUGUAUGCCGUUUACUUUAGCAGUGGAUGUAUACACGAAUUGGAUAUAUGGUGACGUGAUGUGUAAAAUAGUCAACUUCACGCAAGGUUUAUCUGUUUCGUCCAGCAUUCUUACCCUAUCUGUGAUCAGCGCUGAGCGCUUCAUGGCCAUCAACAAGCCCCUUAAAGCCCGCGCAUUUCUAACGAGGCAGCGGGCGUAUAAGAUCUUGUUCGUCCUAUGGUUAGUCUCGGGAAUUAUUGUCUUACCGGAGCUGAUAUUCAGACACGACAGGAUUAUCGAGACAAUCUUCGUGGUGGAGCUGCGUGCGUGCGUGGAAACAUGGUAUCCACCUGGCUUAAAGUACGCUUACGUCUUCAGCUUGUUGAUAUUAACUUAUCUGAUCCCCCUUCUCACAAUUAUUGUUGGCUAUGUCCGAAUUAGCGCGAAGCUUUGGCGAAAGGAUGAGCACUUACACGCAGGGCAAGGGUCAGGAGAGGGCGCGUUUCCGAAGCAAGCCGCCAAGGCGCUGGCAAGUCGUAGGAAGGUAGCAAAAAUGCUUGUUGUACUUGUAAUCCUCUUCGCCCUAUCGUGGUUACCUAAACAUACUACCAGCCUUCUCCUGGACUUCCUCAGCAAAGAUGGAGAGUCUUCAGAUGCCAUCCAAGCUCUUCGGAAAACAUACUCAUUCGCUCUAUGGUUUGCGCUGAGUAAUUCCUCACUAAACCCAAUAUGCUAUUGUCUUAUGAGUGAGAGUUUCAAGAAUGCCUACAAGAGAGCGUUCAGGUGUUGUUUUGAUGCUGGGGCUAUCCUCCGCCGUGAUUCGUCACUUUCCAUUUCGACGCAGGCGACGAAUGCGAAUAGAUUCCUUCACACGCGACGACAAUCUUUGACACGGGAAACCCUAGUCGAUUACCAUGAUUACAGAGAAAUCAAUGUUUAGGGCAAAACAGUCAUAAAGAAUUCAGAACACCACCUGUCGUUUCGCCAGACGCCAGAGCUAUGAAAGGAUCAGUCAUGCCCUACAAUUAUGGAUGGUGGGUGAUACCGUUGUUCAAAUUUUAGACCAUUCGGAAAUUGCACGUUGGCUUUUUUUAACUCUUGAGUUAGGCUUGAAGAGCCCCUCGCUCUCUAGACGUUUUCAUAAAACAUAGAUAAAUACAGCUCUCCAAAUGAAGUCAUAUCCACAACGAGAGCUGGUUGGCUGGAAAAAGAAGAUUGAUUCCCUAUCUCGUCUCAAUCGGGCUUGUCAGGCAUUUUCGAUCAAUCAUAAGCAGACAUUCAUCACGUACUACGUUUUUGUUCAGCCAAUCAGAUUAUAUGUGUUUAAAAUCGCACUGCUGCAUGUACUAUCUUAUUUUCCCUCACUCCUACUGUGUUAUUCUAAAAAAAACACAUUAGUUACACCGUACCACAGUUCUGCUGUUUAUAGUGUAUGUAUUGGCUAGGCAGACAUUAUUACCUGCUUGGUUUGGUGCAAAAUCUCGACGUUGAGUUUGAGUUUUUUUUAGAAUACGAAAUUCGUAUGGGUUUUCUCACCAAACUCCGUUUGGGUCGAAGUGUUGAUUUGCCUAAAACCUCGGCAAUGUGCCUCGGUCUUGGCCUACAUUUUCACCUCAGUAUGAGACAACCAAUACCAAGUUCGGUAUUAACUCCCUUAACUCCUGACGUGUUGGUCAGAUCGAAUGAGAAAUCUCUCUGGCACGUCCAAUAUGUAAUUCCAAUCGAUCUUCCUCGAGUAAACUGUCUUUGGCAUCGCACAAAUUGAUCGUGAAACGGUCUUAAUCUCGGCAAAAUGGCUCAAUGUGUGAACCAUGGCAUUCAAUUUUCUUCCAGUUUUAUAACUUUGUCCCAUUGAUUUCCUUUUAAUUUUCCUUUUAGUUUCAGGAUCGUAGAACAUGAUAAGCAUGUCAUGUGAUGACAUCCGAUAGGUUUUACGUACAUGAAGCUAAAGCAUCUUAGCCCUCAAUGUAUUGAUGAUGUUCAGCUUCCAGACAAUGCGCGUGGCUAUGGAGAAAGUACCGCUGGAGGUUCAGUCUGAGCAAAAGUGGCUUGAGACACAAAUGUCGCAUGGGAACCUAUAUCAGCUAAGACAAUUUCAAACAAAACGUUUCCGUUUUCAAGGAAAUCAUUUGGAAGGGAUUUGUGGGACACCCUCUAUCAUUAGUGACACUAAUACCAAACUUUUUUGGAAGAAGUCGGCUAGAGUAUUCGAAUCACUGCAUACGUCGACAAGUUGGCAACAUUAUAACGAAGUACAGUAGAACUUCCGUGGGACUGAAAAGUACUGUCCUUAAUAGCGAGGUGUCCUGAUCAGAGAGGUAAAAUUGAAUGGUAACAACCUAUUUCGGACCAGUGUCCUUGAUAGAGAGGGUGUCCUUAUUAGAGAAGUGUCCGCUGAUGGAGGUUCUACUGUAUUUGUAAGCUAUAUAGGACAGAGAGUAACUCGACAAGCGUGCCGCAAUAAAUCAAAUGCGUGGGGGAUGGAUUUCAAGGGUAAAUAUCUGACAGAUCAAGGUGUAGACGUCUUUAAAAUCCCGUGUCAUCAGAAAAAGGAACGCUUUGCUUUUUUGCGUCAAUGAGAUCGUGUCAUCUAUUGCCACAAAACAGGAUUUCGUUUUUCAAUCAAAAA